AGCCCCUCUAAACGGUGCUGCUGGUCUGGUGUGGGUGGCAUGCGGCGCAGAGAUAGCAGCAGCACUCUCUGUCAUCCCCACAGCCCCUCUAAACGGUGCUGCUGGUCUGGUGUGGGUGGCAUGCGGCGCAGAGAUAGCGGCAGCACUCUCUGUCAUCCCCACAGCCCCUCUAAACGGUGCUGCUGGUCUGGUGUGGGUGGCAUGCGGCGAAGAGAUUGCAGCAGCACUCUCUGUCAUCCCCACGUGCCCAAUCCCUUCUUUCCGCUUGCUCCUCCCCCCCCCCUCUCUAUCCCACCCCUCUCCCUCCUCUUCCAGAGCCCCUCUAAACGGUGCUGCUGGUCUGGUGUGGGUGGCAUGCGGCGCAGAGAUAGCAGCAGCACUCUCUGUCAUCCCCACAGCCCCUCUAAACGGUGCUGCUGGUCUGGUGUGGGUGGCAUGCGGCGAAGAGAUUGCAGCAGCACUCUCUGUCAUCCCCACGUGCCCAAUCCCUUCUUUCCGCUUGCUCCUCCCCCCCCCCUCUCUAUCCCACCCCUCUCCCUCCUCUUCCAGAGCCCCUCUAAACGGUGCUGCUGGUCUGAGCCCCUCUAAACGGUGCUGCUGGUCUGCUGUGGGUGGCAUGCGGCGCAGAGAUAGCAGCAGCACUCUCUGUCAAACCCACGUGCCCAAUCCCUUCUUUCCGCUUGCUCCUCCCCCCCCCUCUCUAUCCCACCACUCUCCCUCCUCUUCCAGAGCCCCUCUAAACGGUGCUGCUGGUCUGGUGUGGGUGGCAUGCGGCGCAGAGAUAGCGGCAGCACUCUCUGUCAUCCCCACAGCCCCUCUAAACGGUGCUGCUGGUCUGGUGUGGGUGGCAUGCGGCGAAGAGAUUGCAGCAGCACUCUCUGUCAUCCCCACGUGCCCAAUCCCUUCUUUCCGCUUGCUCCUCCCCCCCCCCUCUCUAUCCCACCCCUCUCCCUCCUCUUCCAGAGCCCCUCUAAACGGUGCUGCUGGUCUGGUGUGGGUGGCAUGCGGCGCAGAGAUAGCAGCAGCACUCUCUGUCAUCCCCACAGCCCCUCUAAACGGUGCUGCUGGUCUGGUGUGGGUGGCAUGCGGCGCAGAGAUAGCAGCAGCAGUCUCUGUCAUCCCCACGUGCCCAAUCCCUUCUUUCCGCUUGCUCCUCCCCCCCCCCUCUCUAUCCCACCCCUCUCCCUCCUCUUCCAGAGCCCCUCUAAAUGGUGCUGCUGGUCUGCUGUGGGUGGCAUGCGGCGCAGAGAUAGCAGCAGCACUCUCUGUCAUCCCCACAGCCCCUCUAAACGGUGCUGCUGGUCUGGUGUGGGUGGCUUGCGGCGCAGAGAUAGCAGCAGCACUCUCUGUCAUCCCCACAGCCCCUCUAAACGGUGCUGCUGGUCUGGCGUGGGUGGCAUGCGGCGCAGAGAUAGCAGCAGCCCUCUCUGUCAUCCCCACGUGCCCAAUCCCUUGUUUCCGCUUGCUCCUCCCCCCCCCCUCUCUAUCCCACCCCUCUCCCUCCUCUUCCAGAGCCCCUCUAAACGGUGCUUCUGGUCGCGUAGCCCCUGUUCAUGGUGCUGGUGGUGGUGUGGGUGGCCUGCGGCACGUGUUACCCAAAUCCCACUCUCUCGACCUCUGGAGGGAAACAGCGGGUCAGCUCGUGGGGAAACAACAGAGACGGGCUCCCGUUUGCCAACGGCCGGGCCUAUCAAAGGUUAAGAGGACUGACUGGAACGUCUCCAACUCCCACCGGAAGAACAGUGAAUGGAUGGGGGGUUUGCACCGAAAUGUGCGGUGGAUUAUCAAGGACCACUUCACACGCCACACCCCCGUGUACAAUACAGACGUGAAGGGCUUCAAGUGGGGCGACCGUGGGCUGUAUGUUCACGAGUCAGGAUUUGAGGCCUUCCGGGGGAAGGCUGAGCUUGAUGCCGAAACGAAGGACCUGAAGGAGGAAGAAAAGGAGGUGUACGACUCGGAGGACAUGGAGGAGGAUAAGGAGGAGGAGGAUGAGGAGGAGGAGGAGGAGGAGGAGGAGGAGGAGGAGGAGGAGGAGGAGGAGGAGGAUGACGAGGAGGAGGAGGAGGAGGAGGAGGAGGAGGAGGAGGAGGAGGAGGAGGAGGAGGAGGAGGAGGAGGAGGAGGACGAGGAACAGUGGGGGCAGGAGCAGAGGAAGAGGAAAAGGCACAAGAGACCUAGGGCAGCAGGAGAGGCAUCACAUACGUGCGAGGAGAGGCAUUGGUGGAGACAGCAAGGGGGGCAUCAGGGAAGGCACGUGUGGAUAGAGAAAGGGGGACAGCAUUACGGAGGGGAGUGGUGCAAGGGCCGCAGCAGUAUAGGCAUGACCGGAUAG